AUGAAGCACGCGUACGGGGACUGGACCAACUAUGACGCUAUUGUUCAGAAUGGGGGUUUUACACUUCAGCAAGCACUGCAAUGCGGUGGCUCACAUGUCCGAAAGUCCCAAAUGGUCAUGAAAAUCCUACACCAAGUCAAGGCCGCGCAUGGCACCUACAGUCUCAACCAUCUGCUCCAUGUAGAGGACGACGAUGCCACGAAGGAGCUCCUAUCAUACAACGGGGUCGGACCCAAGACCGCUAGCUGUAUAUUAGCCCUGACACUCCACCGCAGCAGAUUUGUUGUCGACACGCACAUUCAUCGCAUUACUGGUAUCUUGGGAUGGCGGCCAAAGGAGGCUACGCAGAACAAGCUCGCGCUCAUCUUGAAUAUGAAAUUCCCGAUCAGCACAAAUGCCAAUAUCCCCCUCCCCCAACCCACAAACAACCACAAUUUCACACCCCCAUCCACCUCUAUCCCAACCCCAACUCCUCAAGACGCCGUCGCAAGCGCAGCAGUUGACUCCAUCACGGCUUCCGCCCUGUCUUCGCCCGGUCUUGCUUCCUGCCUUAGAACGGUAACGACACCCAGCACAGCACAGACAAGGCGAGCAGCAUAUCAGGGAUCAAGGAUCAAAGACCAGCGUAUCGCCAGAAACCACCUGGCGCAGCGAUACGGUGUUAGGGCGGAAAUGUAG